AGGGAGCAAAGGGCAGCAGGAUCGUGUCCCUGCCCGACCACCACCUCCCGGAGAGCUUCAAACAGCGAAGGGACCACUAACGGUGGCUGUGGAGAGGAGGAGGAGGGCAAGCCCAGGCUGAAGGAGGCGAUGGCAGCCACCACGGUGACCGAGUCCGGAGGCAUGAGGAUCAUCACGGAGGUCAUCCCGGCCACAGACCCCCGAGCGGCCCAGCUGGCCUCCAGCUCCACGCUGCCUGCAUCCACCACGUUGUCAUUUCAAGUCAGAGGCUUCAGAAGGGCUCAGCCCAAGGCGCUGGGGACCAUCCACAUCUUCACCGGGAUCAUCCAUGUCUGCUUUGGGAUCAUCCUGACGGUGUCAGAGUACAGGAAACCUUCCCUCCCUGUGGCCAGCGGGGUCCUCUUCUGGCUUGGGCUCCUGCUCCUGGUCUCAGGCUCUCUGCUGGUGGAAAGUGAAAAAAGAGAUAACAUCUUGCUGGUGAAGACCUGCUGCAUUGUCAACAUGGGGGUCAUCCUGAGCACAGUGGUGGCCACUCUUGUCCACACCACGGCCAUCACUCACGACGCCCCCGGCUGCGAGACCAACAUGCCGUACCAGCUGAAAGCCGAGUGGUGCUUCAACGCUGAUAACAAGAUCCUGAGCAACGGGCUGGAUUCCAUGUUCGUCAUCUUCAGCUUCCUGGAGUUCUGCGUGGCGGUGGCGGCCCUGGCCUUCGGCUACAAUGCCAUCAAGCAGCACAACUACAUGCCCAUGGCGCCGUAGCCAUGACCAAGCCCACAACCGUCCAGUUAAGAACCGCCGCAUGCCCCAGCCCCACUGCAGCCGAGGUGCCAGAGCCCGGGGAGGGCAGGGGGAGAUCUCCCUGGUCCCUGACGGUGGAGCUGACCGGAGCCCGAGAGCCCUCAGAGCCCCGGCCCCGGGCCUGGGCCUGGCCCCGGGAAGGAGGCCUCUCCCCUCUGCGUGUUUGGCCCCCAAUAAAGGUCUCUCCCCCCGG